AUGUCAACUAUGAUGCACGAAAGCUUCUCAAAACCACUGGUUUACAGUUUUUUCUUACAGUAUAGUCGGGAUCUCAUUAUUUAUCAGUGGGCACGUAUUAUCUUGAUCACAUGUGUAAAAAGAAAACAUCCAGAGAACGAAAACGGACCAAGAGUAAUUCAUAUUUUGCAGCAUUCCAUUAUCCGCGUAUAAAUGUGAUUAAUUUUAACUGUUUACAAUUCUAACUGAUUUAUUUUUCGUUUUUCUCGUACAUUUUUUACGUGCAACACGAUUUUCAACGCAAAAUCUGCGAUUUUUUGGCUCUAACGCUCGAUCCAGAAAUUCGAUCCAGAGUUUGAAGCCGAAACCAAGAUCUCUGAGAGCGCUCAUUCAAUUUACGGUUAACAUUUGAGUUAAAAAACAACGUUUCAUGUCCGCUUGGUGAGAUGGUCCACAAUCCUACUGGCGUACAAUUUCAAGAUCGAAUACGUCAGGACUGAUGACUUUGGACAAGCAGACGCGAAGUCAAGGAUGAUCCAGAAGUCGCCGACUGAGGAGGAGGAUAUUGUCAUCGCUCAGGUGGAAUUGGACGUUGAGGAGACGCUGCAUUCAGCAAUUAGGAAACUUCCAAUUCGUGUGACGGAUAUUCAGGAGGAGACUCGCAAGGAUAGCGUUCUCCAAGAAAUUCUCAAAGGAUUAUCAACAGGAUGUUGGUCGAAGGAAGGUAGCGAGGAGUAG